AUGGAUGAUGCAGUUGACAGGCUCACUGUUGGACCAAGACGGAUUGGCAUAGAGCUAGGUCAUCCGGGACAAUGCCCGAGAGCUACCACAGAGAUGGGUGUUGCUAUAACUUCACAUUUGCUUAGGAGAUGUGAGAGUGCAGAAGUCGAAUGCUUCAAUCACAUUUCAAUCAUCCCUGUGGUCAGGUACUGUCACAAGUUGUGUCCCACCGGCUCAAUGAUGAAGCAUACAUGUUUGAGCGACGACCACAAUUACUUCAUCGUCUCCAGGUUUUCCUUGGAGCCAGGGCUUCGGAGGAGGUCAUAUACGGUCGGGGACACGUCAAAAGCAUCUAUUAGCUAUCUUGUUGAUGCCUCUUGGCUUGUUUGUAAAAUUUUAACAAUGUCAGUUACAGUUAACACAUCUUGAUUACUUAACUGAUUUUAACAUAUUGUAAAAUGUGAAAUCUUUUAUACUUGUCAGAACUUAAAAUCUUAACAAUGUCUGAUAUUUAAUAUGUUGUUUUUCUUGUA